CGUAUUUUCGUCCUGCUAUGGAGUUUGCCACGUUGCCGCAGAUGCAGAACAACGCCAGCGGGUGUGUUGGGGAUUUUUUUUCCUUCUCUUUACACCAGCUUACAAAGUGACCCGAUGUAGAAGGCGUUAGACGCGUGAAGGAAGACCUGAGAGAGCUUGUAGUUUGGUUGGAAAAGGUGGGAAGAUGCUUGCGGAUGUGAUAGUGGAGGAGGAAUUUGAUAAGGAGCAGGAGCUGUGGUACAGCAGGAAGGAGCUGGAGCAUGAUCUCCACUUGGCCGCAGAGUUGGGAAAGACUCUGCUGGAGAGGAACCAUGAGCUGGAGCAGGGCCUUCAGCAGAUGUACUCCACCAAUCAGGAGCAGCUGCAGGAGAUCGAGUACCUGAACAAGCAGGUGGAGCUGCUGAGGCAGAUGAACGAUCAGCACACUAAGAUGUACGAGCAGCUGGACGUGGCGGCGCGAGACCUGGAGACGACUAACCACAGGCUGGUGCUGGACAACCGCACGGCCCAGGGGAAGAUCCAGAGCCUGACCGAGACCAUCGACAGUCUGCAGUCUCACAUGGAGAGUCUGCAGAAGCAGGUGGAGGAGCUGAAGGCGUCGCAGUCGGAGCGCUCGAGGAGAGAACGCGCUGAAGCUCGUCGAGGCCUGGCGGCUCAGAGCGUCUCCUGUCUCUACGACCUGCACCGGGAGACGCGUCUGAGCUCGGAAAGCCACAGUGACGAUCGCUCGUGGUGGGCGCUGGAUGCAGGUCUGGUGGAAGAGGAGAAGUCUGCCCUGCAGAGUGCGUUGCGUAGCCUGCACACACAGCUGGGCAGCGAGCGCGAGCGUCGGGAAGCGGCGGAGAAGGUUAUGGAGCUGACCGAGCGAGAGAACCGGGCGCUGGAGGAACAGCUGGCACAGCUGGAGGGGGCGCGACGGCACCAAGCCGAACUGGAGGCCGAGGUGGAAGAGCUGCGGCAGCUGUGGCGCUCGGAAUCAUCCAGCGUUAGACCUACAGACUCGCUCGUAGCCGACGCCGUGAUCUUCCUCACUGAGGAGAAGGGGGCGGAGUCAGGAGCGGAGGUGGUAGAGGAAGAGGAAGGGUCAGAACAGGAACUGAGACGUGGCCACGAGCUGACGUGUAUACGGCGAUCGGAGGCGGUGAGGCAGCGCGGAAUCUCUCUGCUGAACGAGGUGGACGCGCAGUACAGCGUACUGAAGACCAAAUACGAGGAGCUGCUGCUGCGCUGCCAACGCGGAGACGACGCACAGAGCCACAAAGCCGUCCAGACGCCCGCCGCGUCCCUCAAACCUCAAUCAGCCUCCCUCACGGACGACACGUACCAGCCGGAGUACAGGGCACUCUUCAAGGAGAUCUUCACAUGUAUCCAGAAGACCAAAGAGGACCUGAGUGAGAACAGGGCCACACCCAAGCGCAAACAGUGACUCUGGGUCGUGUGUGUGUUUCGUUUUGUUUUUUUUUACCGGGUCGAAUAGCAGUAUUCUCAUCAGCCGCCGUCCAUUUUAAAAACUUUGCACUUUGUUUUCGUUCACGUAAAAUGGGCGGCUCAGGAUACAUCAUUCGGAGAGUCUCGGUGCUAACCUAUCCCAGUGCAUUGUGGGAUAUCAGGACUGUGUUGGAUAUCCUACACUACGCAUUUAAAAAUGAUUCCGUAAGCAACGCGCUCGAUCGCAAACACGUUGUGGUUUCUGAUAUACAGCCGUGAUCGUGACCGUGACCCGACCGAUACAGGAACCUUUUAUUACCCAGUCCUAAAAUAUUCCAGUAACAUUCUCCGAUAUAAUUCAACACUUUAUGAUAUAUAAUAUGAUUACCAAUUAAAUUUCGAGGUGAAUUAUUAUUAUUAUUAUUAUUAUUAUUAUUAUUUAUGCGUACACCAUGUGAGAACUUCUCAGUGUAAAGGAACGAUUUAGUCCGUUUUUUGUCAGCUUUGAUUUGAUGUUUCAUCUCAGGAGAAAAACGCUGAGGAAAGCAACGUUAAUUAUUAAAUAAUAAUAAUAAUAAUAAUAAUACGAAGAAAUAAAAACUGGGGAAAAAAACGUUGCUUACAGAAAAUCACGAGAAUUUUUUCACGUGAACUUUUCACACGUUCUCUCACGUGUUUUCUUACAUUCCUUUAUUACCUGUUUUUUUUUUUCUUUCUUGCAUACACGUUGAUCUUUAUUUCGUCUUUCCCAUCACUUUCAGCUUUAUUUAUAUAUUUAUUUAUUUAUUGCACAAAUAGUAAACAGCGUCCAGUUUAGUCCACUAAAUGUCACGUGUUCGCUUGAAUUCACGUGCGCAGUUUAAGGGUAAAACACGGUGAAACGUUCACACACGUGAUCACGUACUGCUCACAGUCACGUGUCUUUUGUGUAUGCGGCCCCCUGGUGGCACUGCAGCGCGUUUGUCUGUUCUGUGUGAAGACUGUUUACGAACGUAACACCAACUUACACGUAAACGUGCGAGAUCUCUGAGUUAUUAGUACAGUUUCUGUUGAUACCGAUAUGUUCAGGAAACCUCAGUAUCGGCGAUUUUAUCAGCUCUCUGAUGUAUCGGUCGGGCAUGAGUUGUGUUUGGUGUUUGGUGUUUCGGUUGUGAGCCGUGCUCUACGACUAAUAUGGAGUACAGCCAUCACCAUAUACACACACACACACACACACACACACUGUCCAGGAUUGAACUCGAGCACCACACACACACACACACACACACACACACACACACAAACACACAUCGUUUUGAGUCAUUUGGGUUUGUCCAAAAUCUUUACCAGCCUGAUUUUGCUGCUCUGGCUUUCUUUAAACGUAACCUUCGCCAUUUCUGCGUCAGUAGUCUUAAAUAUUUGGACGUGCUGUUAUUAAUAACUAGCUUUAGAAAAGAAUACUGUAGAAUGUACAUUAGAUGAAGGAGAGAAGAUGAUUCUUUAGCACGUCAGUAACAGAGGAACUUCACCUCCAGUUCGGUCGCAUGUAAAUUGCAGGGUUUUUUUUUUUUUAAUUUUAACGACUCGAAGCUUACCUCAUGAGUUCUGCGUACUAACGAACAAACUAACUUUAUACUAACAUGUUGGAGUGAAAUCGUUUCUCACGGCUUGGUGGAACAGCGACGCAAACGUGUGUGUGAUGUUUGUGACGCUCUCCCGCUCUGCACUUUAUUCUAUUUUAUGCAUUUCAGGGUUUUUUUUUUUUUUUUUUUUUAAUUGUAUUUAUUGUUUUUUUUUCCACAAGUGGAUGUAGAUAUGAGAGCUUUAUUUUUUAUUUAUUUUCAUCAUUUGUUUUGUUCAGUCACUGUAUAUUUAUGAUGUGGGAAUUUUUUUUUUUCCAACUGCGAACACUGAGUCGAUGUUUUCUUGUAGAUUUAUAAGAAAGCCUAGUAGCCUAAUGAGUAUUACUUAUACUGCUUUACUGAUAUGUGCUGAAUACCGGGUUAAAGGAAUAGUUAAGUGAAGAAUAUAAUUUACCGAAUUUUUAAUUUGCUCCAAAUUGAGUCAGGAUGUUUUCGCUGUCGGAUGUUUGCUUGCUUGUUAGUUUUGCACUGGAGCUACGAAUAUAGCUAACAAGUAAAAACAACAUUUUCUGAGGCUCGUAAAGUCACGGGUCAGAGGUCACCUAGAUAGUCGACACGAAAGUGAAAAGCAGCGCUACCACAAUUAAACGCGUCUUUCUUGUUGUACCCUUUCCCCUUCAGUGAAUUUUUCCUCCGCUACUUUAGCUGAAAAGGCAGAAUAGUUUUAUCACCAUAGCAACAGGUCAAAACCCAUAAACAAGUAAAAACACGCUCGGACCUUCAUCCUUAAGCGCCGUAAUCUCAUUUUUAGCACCGAUCGUCCAUGCUGAAUCACGUUAAAUGUGUUUAUACUGUAAUAUUUCUGAUGUGGUCAGUGAUUCUGGUGCUAAACUGUUGGUAGAGAGAUGUUGUCAUCACAAGCGCAGUAACAAUAGCAUUUAAUAGAAGGAAAACAUUUCAGUGUUCUCAAACACAAUAAUGCUCAGGGUUUUUUUUUUUCUCAAUCAUUUUUUCCAGCCAUGUCAUAUUGAUAAGAAGCUAUAAGGGAGAGAGAGAGAGAGAGAGAGAGAGAGAGGGAGGAGUUUACUGAAGAAGUUAGACUCAUAAAUAAACCUUAGACUCAGUUACGAUGCAGUUGAGACUCGGCUAGUUAGCGAUCUACGAGAUAACGAGCGCGUUGUUUUUGACAGAGGUACUAGCACGAAAGUCGGAGCUUUGAAAGCUGAUCUUUUUGAGCAGAUGAGGAGAUGAGACAGCUUAACAAACUAAAACACUAAAGCGCCGCUGCAGCACUCUCUCCAUCAGCAGGUAGUAGAAUGGCAUUGUGUGUACUGUAGGAAACCAAAGUGAAAAUAGACCAACUGAAAAGCAAAAUAAUUCUUGGACGCCCUUGAAGAUCACGUUAAUUAGAAAGAAGCGAUGAUGUGCAAAGAGAAUCUUCAUCAUCCUCCGCAUCACUUCCUGCUUUCCGACUUUCACUCUCAUUUCAGGAAUGAUACCAGAGUGAUUCCACGAUGCUCCAGUGUCUCGGCAAAGUCCCACUGCUUUAUGUCCUGAAGAACUGACUGUGGUUUAAUGAAGAUAUUUAUGAAAAAGGGAAAAUAUUUUGGGUGACGUAGACUUUCAUUAGAUUAGAUCAUUACAUUAGACUCGUCGCUCCAGUGCAAAAAAUAAAUAAAUAAAUAAAUAAUAGAAGCAAACAUCAGACCAAGAACUUAAAGAAAGUUGUCAAGUAGAUUUUUUUGUGGAACUUUUCCUUUAAUCUGAGCUUUACUGGGCUGUCAGUUGUUCUAAUAUAGUGUGAUGUGGAAUUUAAUUCCUGACUUCAGGAACAAUGUCUUCAUUAUUUUCAUCUCCAAACAUUCUCACACCAUCGUAGGUGCUGCUGGUGAAAGAGAGACAACGUGAAAGGAGCGUUUGAGGAUUUGGAGUUGAGAUGUUCAUGAUGAGAUGGCUCGACGGAUGUUUGGGUGUAAAAGGAAAAUGGAGAAACGUUUAAACACGUGGUGAUGACGUGAUGGCGGAGGUUUGCGUGUAGCGGGUGAAAGGGAUUGUCUUGCGUUGAGAAGGAAAGAUGGUGAUCGUAUGUGGAUAUGAAGGAAGACAGGUGAAAAUGUACAGCAGUGUUUGGCAUCUAUCAUCUUUGACGCCUUUUUUUUGUUGUUAGGGAAGCUUUGUAAAACCGUGGAAAAGAUCUUGGGUCCAUGUAUUUACUCUAUUUUAGGAUAAUAACAAGGAGAUUUUUAUUUGAUUUUUUUGAAACUUGGAUCAUUUGAAUAUUUGAACGUUCAUGAGAUGACAGGAUAAUUUUUUUUUUCCGGGGAUAAAGACAAAAAAUUUCACUUUCCUAAUCAAAUCAUUUACGUUUUUAUGAUAAUGUUUUAUUUUAUCAGAGGUGCCAGUUAUUAUUUAUGAGAAAAUCCCAGCAGGAAAAAAAAAGUUUUACCGCAUACCCAAGCGUAUGCCUGUGGAUGAGAGCUAAUUUUCCAUUUUUAUGUUGUUUUUUUUUCCCCCUCCAGAUGUGCGCCAAGUCACAGUGAGAAACCAGAGAGAUGUGUACACCAAAUACACCAUGAGUCCCGCCCUCUGGUUUUCUGAGGCUCGUAAAGUCACAGGUCAGAGGUCACCUAGAUAGUCGACACAAAGUGAAAUCCAGCGCUACCGCAAUUAAACGCGUCUUUCACGUUAUGUGCCCUUUCCCCUUCGGUGAAUUUUUCCACCGCUACUUUAGCUGAAAAGGCAGAAUAGUUUUAUCACCAUAGCAACAGGUCAAAACCCAUAAACGUCUAUACCUAAACCAUAAAUGUUGGCACCUCUGCUUCGAUCCAGAUGUAAGUUUAUGUUAAAUUUGUUAUACCAGUAAAUUUCCAUAGGCUUGUAGCGCAUGUAGUACGUUUUCUCAGGAAAACAUUUUAUAUUUGCUAGAUUGUAAUUAAUUCAUUAUCGCAAUGAAACAUUUUAUAAUUUAGAGAAAAUUAUUUUGUCAUCUCAGAAUACAUUAUUCUUGUGACAGGGACAAGCUUAUAAAUAAAUAAAUAAAGCUGUAGCAGGAAAAUGGAAUAAAUUAGAAUAUAUUAAAAUAAAUGUUAUAUCAGUGCUUUCUUAGGUCACAAGUAUAGCAUGAAUUUUAUUUAAUGUGAUAAAUAUGAAUAAUUUCAUAAUAACGUUAAAUAUCCUAAUAGAGAUCUGUUUAUAUAAAUAAGUCGUAGACAAAGGUCAACCUGUAGUAUUUAGGCGUAAUAGAUUAGUCGGAUUGUGUGAAUAGUGUGAUUAAUCCUGCCACAGAAACGUCCUGAUUGGUCAGAUGGCUUAUUUGCGUAUUUAUAUUAGCGAGGCAGAUAUUGUAAUAUAGAUUAAUUAAUUAAUAUAUGAGCGUUAUUCCUGCAUUAGAUGCACAUGUUUGGAGAUCAGAGUCUUCAUUCCGGUUGGUGCUAAGAAGUUGAUAGUGGCAUUUUCUAUGCUAAUGCUUUUGGGGGAAAAAUGAAACAAUGAAGAAGAAAAAAAAAGGGUAGCAUUGUGCUUUGAUGCAGAAUGCUAACUUCCUUUAAGCAUGGGGGAAAAAAAUUAAAUACAAAAUGUUUCGCUUGAAUUGAAUGUAAACAAGCACACACACACACACACACAUAUAUACAUUUACAAACGUCCAUUCCUGAUAAUUUCCAUCCAUUUUUAUUUUCUUACUCAAUCUGUCUGUAUUGUACUUAAAAUGUUUGUGACAUUUAUUACCAUCAUUGAUAAAAUGCUUAUAAAAUCGAAUAUGCAUAACCUGUACAAUGGUGCUGAACUUUGUAGCCUUUGUAGCUGAACGCUAUAGAAAUGCCUUUUUAAAGAGUUAGGGCAUGUGGGGAAUCGUAACGAUGGCAUGAACAGUGGCUAACGCUCGAUUAGGGCUUAAAAUGGCCGAUUAAAGAAAGAUUUGCAAUUCAACAA